AUGUGGAAAGAAGAGGAAGCAAGCUCGGCGGAAAAGGCCGAAGUAAAGGUGGCCGAGGGCCAUGGCACGAGCACGCUCCUCAACCAAGUCGCCUCGGUGCAGCCUCACCCCGACUUUAUGACGAGAACAGGGCUGAAUAUCGAAUCAUUCAAAUGCGCUCACUAUGGGCCCGGCCUCAUUGAGCUGGAACGACCGAUGAAACCACGGCAUCUGAACAUGAUUGCCAUUGGCGGCUCCAUUGGUGCUGGCUUCUUCGUGGGCUCGGGUGGUGCUCUCUCCAACGGUGGACCUGGUUCAUUAUUCAUCGACUUUCUCAUCAUCGGCGUCAUGAUGUUCAACGUUGUACAUGCCCUUGGUGAGCUGGCCGUCAUGUAUCCCGUUUCAGGCAGCUUCUACGUCUACUCUGCUCGGUUUAUCGAUCCAUCAUGGGGCUUUGCCAUGGGCUGGAACUACGUCUUCCAAUGGGCGUCGGUCCUUCCUCUGGAGCUAACAAUCUGCGGCAUCACCAUUCAAUACUGGAAUAAAGACAUUAGCAUUGCCGUUUGGAUAUCUGUAUUUCUUGUCAUCAUCAUUAUUGUCAACGUCUUUGGAGCUAUUGGCUAUGCCGAAGAGGAAUACUGGUCCGCAGUCUUCAAGCUCAGCGCCACAAUCAUUUUCAUGAUUAUCGCUCUGGUCCUCGUGCUCGGCGGCGGGCCUUCAAGCGGAAGAUAUGACCAUUACUGGGGCGCGCGGCUUUGGUACGAUCCCGGCGCGUUUGCCAAUGGAUUCAAAGGCUUCUGCUCCGUCUUCGUCACCGCUGCGUUUUCGUUUUCCGGCACCGAGCUCGUCGGCCUAGCGGCUGCCGAGACAAAGAACCCCCUCAAGUCACUGCCCAGCGCCAUCAAGCAAAUCUUUUGGCGCAUCACGCUCUUUUACAUUCUGGGCUUAUUCUUUGUUGGUCUCUUGAUUCCGUAUACUGACCAACAAUUGCUGAAUGCUGGUGCAUACAAUGACCCGCAUGCGUCGCCUUUUGUCCUCGUCGGCAAAUACGCUGGCUUGACAGGCUUUGACCAUUUCAUGAACAUCACCAUUCUGGUCUCGGUGCUGUCGAUCAGUGUCUCUAGUGUCUAUGGCGGAUCUCGAACUCUCACCGCCUUGGCCCAGCAAGGCUAUGCUCCCAGGUGGUUCACCUACAUUGACAAGUCUGGGAGGCCCCUCUUCUCCGUCAUUGCCAUUAUUGUCUGCGGUGUGAUUGCAUAUGUCAGUCUGAGUGCUACCGGACCCGUGGUCUUUGCCUGGCUGCAGUCGAUUUCAGGGCUUGCUGCCCUCUUUACCUGGGGGUCGGUGUGUCUUGCCCACAUUCGCUUCAGACACGCAUGGAAGCACCAAGGCCACACGGUCGACGAGAUCCCAUUCCGUGCCGCCGGAGGUAUAUGGGGCUCAUAUAUUGGACUGUUUCUCAACAUUAUCGUCUUGAUUGCCCAGUUCUACACUGCGGUGGCCGCACCCAUUGGCAAGUCUGGCGUCGGUACGGCUGAAUCCUUUUUCAGAUCAUAUUUAGCUGCACCAGUCAUUCUCUUCUUCUGGGCGAUUGGAUACCUAUGGAAGCGCGAGGGCUGGCUUAAAAUGUCACAGAUUGAUGUUGAUACUGGCCGCCGCGAAUUAAACUGGGAGGAGAUUAAUGCAUACCGUGCGCAAGUUGCGGCUUGGCCCAGGUGGAGGCGCAUUGUACAUAUGUUCUUCUAG